UGUAGAUGCACUAGCAAACUGGUAAAAUGAGCCUACAGCUAAGAACCGAAUUCACCGCGGCUGAUAAAAGCAGAAGGAGGAAAAGGAGAGAAUUAACGGAUGAACAGAACGAGGAAAUCAAGGAAGCAUUUGACCUUUUCGACACAGACAAAGAUAAAGAAAUAGAUUAUCAUGAACUGAAGGUAGCGAUGAGAGCGUUGGGCUUUGAGGUGAAGAAAGCUGAUGUUCUGAAGAUCCUAAAAGACUGUGAUCGAGAGGGGAAGGGGAAAAUAACAUUCGAAGACUUUAAAGAAGUUGUGACUGAGAGGAUCCUGGAGCGAGAUCCUAAGGAAGAGAUCCUGAAGGCCUUUCGGCUGUUUGACGACGACGAGUCGGGGAAGAUCAGUCUGCGGAACCUGCGGAGAGUGGCCAGAGACCUGGGCGAGGACCUGACAGACGAGGAGCUCAGAGCCAUGAUAGACGAGUUUGACACCGAUGGCGACGGAGAGAUUAAUCAAGAGGAGUUCAUCUCUAUAAUGACGAGGGACUCCGAGAGCUGAGGACACUCUCUCAUCCUGCCGCUCUCAGGAGGAGUCUCACUCAGACGGCCCACGACUGUCUCUCACAAACACCAAAAUCAUAUUUUUCUGAUGAGACUUAAAAAAGAAAGUGAAGCACAUAAAACAUGCCCCUCCCUCUCGUCCUACCAGUAAAACCAGUAAAACCAGGGUCCCGUGGAUGGUUCUCUCUGACGGCGUGUGGUGCCGACCCCAGACUUGUGAGGGUUUAUCAGCCUCUUCAACCAAGGUCUGAAUCUCUGUCAGAAGAAGCAUAUGAGUCAGUGAUGGACUGAAGCAUGUGAGUUACUGAUGUUCACAGAGAGGCGAGAGGAAAAGCCAUCAGCUCCAGGGCAGGUCGUGUGUGGUCUGACCAUCUGAGAAGAUUACAGGGCCCAGGUCUCAUCACAGCUUUCUCCUGUUUCAUUUUCAUACUCUGUGGAUUAUUCUACUGCUUCAUAAUGUUGCUUAGAUGUGUAUCAGAUA